UUUUACAUCGCCUACAUCAGUGUCAAUAAUAUGAACCAACUUCCAUCGGCAGUGAUAUGAUUUCAGGGUGUCACUUGCCCUGCUUUCUUGACCAUCACUAAAUUUCCAAGCUGCGAAAGGAUCCUAUAAGAAAGAAUGGCUACCAAGUGGACUGGAGGGCACUCAACUGGGGUAUUGUGCCUGGAUGCUAACAGUGAGGGGCUUGUGGUAUCGGGGGCCGAGGAAGGGAACCUCGUCACGUGGAGCAGCGAAGGCUGUCCGGUCAGCUCGCUGAAGCUGGGAGCCGACGAUAUCACUUAUGUGUCGUUCUCACGUACCGACUCCAACACUCUCUACACGUCUCACGGCGAAGCAAUAAGCAUUUUGGAUAUUCGGUGUCUGAAAGAAGCCGCGGAGUGCUUCAAGGUGAACGAGGACGAAAUAAACUGCCUCUCUGUUAAUGAAACAUCCAGCCAUCUUGCAGCAGCUGAUGAUUCUGGAUCAAUAAAGAUCAUCGACUUGGCAAACAGAAAAGUAUCCCGAACACUCCGCAAACACUCGAAUAUUUGCUCUUGCGUGACCUUCCGCCCUCAGAGACCACACAGUUUACUAUCAUGUGGGCUAGACAUGCAGGUGAUGCUAUGGAAUUUGCAAAAAACUCGCCCGGUUUGGACUGUGAACUUUCAAGAACUGACCGAAGAGGAGGAGGAGGAAGAAGAGAUGCAACAGCAAGCUGGAUGUCAGCUUUUCAAUCCACCACUUGUCCACUUCACAUCGGUUGCCAGCUGCGGCAAUGUUUUUGCUUGCGGGGCUGAAGAUGGCAAGAUACGAAUAUUCAGAAUAACCGGAACAAGGUUUGAACUGGAGCAUGGGUUCAGUGGGCAUAGUCUGGGCACUUCUCAAGUCCAUUUUCUAAACUUAUCACAUCCCUACUGGCUGUUGUCUGGAGGGAAUGAUGGGAAAGUUGCACUGUGGGAUGUUGGCGAGAGAAUCCUGAAGGACAACAGAAGCCCUUCAAAGACCACUCCGAGAAAAAAAACAAAGGCUUCCUCUCCUGCUAAGAAAGGCCUGGCAACUAAAGAAUGUAACCUUAGUGCACAAACCUGCAAGGAAAAUAAAAGCAAUCAUCCCUUAGCAAAACUCAGUAUUGACCAUGGAGCGAAGGUGAACUGGCUUUCCUCUGCGGAAAUAAAGGGUCGUAAGACAAUACUGGUUGCUGACCAUACUGGUUGUAUAUCACUUUAUCCCUUAACAAACCUAUAGAUACAUAGAUAAUUAUAUAUCUUUUUGGGGAACUGCAACAUGAACUAAACAUUUACUUCAGUUCAUACUCUGAAGAAUUGCUUCAGAAGCACAAACAUAAGUACAUAGAUUUGUGCUUAAACAGUUAACAUUCAUGCAGCAUGACUGGAUUGUUUGCAUCCAGAAAGGCGGUAAAAAAAAUGCUCUAGAUGCACUAAUUUUGUUUUUGAAUAACUCUAUGCUUUCUAUUUGUUUAGUGAUAGUUUUCCAUAGCAGUACAUUGGAGCAGUACAAGUGGGUAUAAGGGAACAGACCACUGCCAUGUAUUUGGUUUCAGAGAAGCUAUGUUUUGGUUUUGCUUUAUGAAAUAAAUGUUAUUUUGUGGGUGAUAUCUGCAUGCAUUUUGACCAUUGACAAACAUCAUUCAGAAUAUUCAGUAUAUUUUUACCAACACACGGAAAAGCCAAUAAACUUUAAUAUUGUGAACGUUCAAUUUGCAACAUAAUAGACCUAUUAACCAUCAGUACCCUAUGCAGUUUGUAACAACAGAAUCUUAUAUAAUACAGAAUUUAACUGCUGCUGGGUGUUAUCACACCACUCAAAAGAAUCUAGUAUAGAAAUUUCAUCUCAGCACUGUUAUGCUUUACCUGAUAAGCAUGUGCUAUUUUGUGCAAUUCCUGUCAGGUUUGGUGACUAGAAUCAACAAUUAGGUUGGUUGUCAUGCUGUUAAAUAUGAUAUUCAAUGUUAAAUACAGAAUAAAAAGGACUUAUUGUCACUGUGAUGGAUCACAUAGAACUGCUGUGCUUUUAUUGGAUCUUUAGUGACUACAGUAGUUCACUGGUUAGUAGUUGAUUGAUUGAUAGCAGCACGUGGUGAGCAAGGUCAAAGAAUUUCAGAAAUGUAGUCUUGAUGGCUUAGCUGGUACCAUAGUCUAGGAUAUAAACAGCCAUUGUAAGCAACAACAACCUGCAUUUAUAUAGCACCUUUUCACACGGAACAGGGUCUCAGAGCACUUAAAGUGGAAGGUCCUAAUUUGAUGCCUUCAAUGUGCUGAAUUUGCUGAUCUUUCUCAGGACAGUGGGGGUGCUAAGGUUCCUCCUGCGACUAAGGCUCACACAUGAACAUUCAGCAGAAAGUAGUUGUUUGGAUUUAAGAAUCGAUACUGACUAUUCCUAGCCAAAGCAUCAAGCUUUGGACAGAUAUUGAGGCCAGAUUCCAGCUCAUUUUCUAUGAACAGAUAAAUUCCAUUUUUCUCUAAAUUUUUCCCUUGGAUUUGACAGAUCUUACAAAGUGACAGAAAUGGUUAUGUCAGAAAAUUACAAGGAGACAACCUAACCAUUAUAUCUAAAUUUGUCGAAAAUACUGCACUUCAUAUAAAUGAGACCAUUUUAGUUUGAAAAUUUUAAAUACCCUUUUACUGAGCCAGUGUUUAUUCUUGAGAAUAUGUAAAAAAAUAAACACUUUAUUUAAUACACAGCAAUAAUGAAAUCCCAAAUUCACGAGUUUAUUAUGAGAAACAAUACCCUAAAACAAAUUACACUAUAAACCAGAACUGGGUCCUCAGAUGUAACUAAAUACAAAAUACUGCAGAUGCUGGAAAUCUGAAAUCAAAAACAGAAGUCGCUGGGAAUUCUCAGCAGGUCAGGCAGCAUCUAUGGAGAAAGGAAAGUGAGUCAACGUUUUGGUCCACAACGAAGGGUUAUUGACCAGAUAUGUCUUUGUUGCAUUUUUACAAGAUAGAAUUGAAAAGUUCAGUUGCACUGAAUAUUUCUGUUCUGGCUCAGGAAAGGCUCCAUUUAGGGCUGGUUUGGAUUUUGUUAUCAUAGUGGCUGACCAUAUACUGCACUUUGCAUGGGUGCACCUCCUGUGAAUUCAAUAAAGUAUAACAGAAAAAGACUUAAAAUAAUUAUGAUCCAACAUUCUUAUUGUUCCAGUUUAGACUAUUUACUGACUUAACAUUUAUCACACGACAUUACAGUUGCCUGCUUUGAUUGUUAUGUUUUGCUGACCAAACAAAAAUGACCUGAUCUCUGGGCAUUAUUACUUAUAACUCAAACAUAGCCAUGUGCAAAGCUCAACUUCUCCUUUUGCUCAUUAUAA